UUAGUUAUUGAAAUUGAAAUGUGACGCUCAUAUUGGCGCGUGGAUUUCCCCAUGCACGGAUAACCUAUCGCCGGUGAGCACCAAGAGUUCCAGAAGUAUUAUCCAUCACCAGAGAAAGCUGCAAGCGAAGAUGAGCAGCGGCUCCGUCUCACUCGCUUUGUUGGUGCCGUUCCUGUCGAGAGGCCGGACCAAAUUUCAGCUUCCGCCGGAAAUUUUCCGCCACGGGAUCCGGAAAUUGUCCCGGAAGAUUUGUUGUAACCGUACAGACAGCUCUUCUGGGAGCACUAAAAUUGAACAGCAACAGCUUAACCUCUCGGUUCUUCGUUUCACUCUCGGAAUACCUGGAUUGGAUGAAUCGUAUUUACCGAGAUAUAUAGGGUACACAUUUGGUUCGUUGUUAUUGUUGAAUCACUUUGUAGGCUCGGAUUCAUCAACCGUCACUGCGGCCCAGUUGAGAACAGAGGUGUUAGGCAUUUUUCUUGCUGCCUUCUCUGUAGUAGUCCCCUACCUUGGGAGAUUUCUGAAGGGGGCUGUUCUAGUUAACGAAAGAAAUGUUCCUGAUGGUGCUGACCAAACCUUUGUCAUAUCACAAAAUGUUCCGGGUACUCUGAAGGAGGAUUUGGCUUGGGGAUCAUAUGUUCUAUUGCGCAAUACAAACACCAUAUCAGUGCUUAUCUCAACUCAAGAUGCACUGUGUGUGCGUGGCUACUGGACAACUCCUCAAGAUGUAGCAAAAGCCGAUGUCUGUAAUUGGUUUGAGAAACAGAUUCAGCAACUUGGUCUAUUGAAUUUGAAGGACACACUCUAUUUUCCUCAAGCUACAGAUUCUCAACUCAAGGAGCUGCUUCCAAAGGGAACUCGUUCUCUCCUUGUACAGCCGCUGCUGGGGUCUCCUGAUCCAAGUUACAAGGAGGACACGCCAAAGAAUGAGGGUUUUGUCCUGGUGGCUUCCGGCAACAGUUAUGCAUAUGAUAGUAAGGACAUAGCCUGGAUCAGAGUAGUUGCGGGAAAAUUUAGAGUCCUGUUUCUCAUGCAUGGAGUAGUAUAGAUGCGGAGAACGAUGGCCAUGGUGUCCUCCACAGUGAUGGGCGAGGAUGACAGCUUCUUGUUCUCCUCAACCAUUCCUCCAUAGUUUACAACCAUAGCUCACCUAGAAAUUAAAGGCAUUUGUAAGUUAAAAAAAAAAAAAAAAAGAAGUUUCUCUACAUUAGUACAAAAUUAGCUAAAAGUUUUCAUGUAAGAUGCCGUGGUAGCAAUUAAUAAGAACAAUUGGAUUUUAAUAAAAGUGCUAAUUGUAUUUUUCUUUUC